UUAAUAACGAAGAUGCAAAUAUUUUAUCAAUUAAUCGAAAUACGUGAAGGGGCUUUGGUGUAAAAAUAAAUAAAUAAAUCAAUUCUUGGUUACACAAUUUAAAGAUGAAGAACCGCCGGGUAAUAAACUCCAUAUCGCAUCACUGUGUACCGAAUCAUUUCAAUCUUGACUUUGGGGUUGGCGAAAACCCCAAAAUUUUGCUACUUACCCUUUGAAUCUGCAUUCAAUUCUAUGAAAAUUGCUUAAUUGAUACAGUAAAACUUGUUGAAAAUUCGACUACAGAAGCAAAAGGUGUUGAUUCAAUGUUUCCCAGAUUGAUUCAAUCGCAAGAAGAUGAAUUUAUUCAUGGGUGUGAUGUUAAUGUCGGGAUUCAUCAUCAUAAUAGGGUUAAUGGAGACCCUUGUCUUGUGUUAACUUCAGAUCCCAAACCUCGUCUUCGAUGGACUGCUGAUCUUCAUGAACGAUUCAUUGAUGCUGUUACUCAACUUGGCGGACCCAGUAAAGCUACUCCAAAGGCAAUAAUGCGGACAAUGGGAGUCAAGGGACUGACUCUCUUCCACCUAAAGAGCCACCUUCAGAAAUACCGACUAGGUAAGCAAUCUCAGAAAGAUCUUGAUGAAGCUUCAAAAGAUGGACUUACAGCUACGUAUUCAUUAGAAAGCCCUUGUUCUGGUGGUACUCCUCAGCAGUUGCCUGCAUCAGACUUGAAUGAAGGUUUUGAAGUCAAGGAGGCAUUGAGAGCUCAAAUGGAAGUGCAAAGUAAAUUGCACCUCCAAGUUGAAGCUGAGAAGCACUUGCAAAUUCGGCAGGAUGCUGAACAAAGAUAUAUUACCAUGCUGGAGAAGGCCUGUAAAAUGCUCGCUGAUCAAUUCAUCGGUGAUGUAGUUACUGAAAAUCACCAAGAGACUUACCAAGGACUAAAUACGAAGACACAACUUAGCCCUUUAUGUAAUCCACAUGGAUUGUGCCCCUCGGAGUCUGCUGACUUUGUUGGAGUCCAUGGUCCAGAAGACGUUUCCCCCAGAAUCCAUCCACAACGCACGGAUUGUUCCACUGAAAGCUGCUUAACUUCGCAUGAGAGCCCCGCUGGACUUCCUGUAGAAGGAUCUUCACCUGGAGGGAAAAAGCGAGGGCUUAGUGGUGAUUCAACACAAGCAUCAUAUGUUUGGGGUGAAGCAGAUAUGAGAUCAUCCGGUGUUCACGUGCUACCAGUUAAUUGCUUUGGUAUUUCUGGCUCUAAUGUUCAAAAUGUCUCUAAUUAAGAGAUUAAGCCAAGUCCGUCCAUAGUCAUUGCUUUGCACAUUGCAGUUUCUGGGAAGUCCAAUGAGCCCAACUUAAAACUGUGUAAAUGCAAGCUGAUGUUAUUCUAACUCUUAACUGCAUCUCUGUGAAAUCAUCUUAGUUCCUUGAAAAAGAAAAAAAGAGAAGAAAAUUGAGAUUCCAUUUGCUUUUA